AUACCAAAGAAUUUUACAAUAUCAAGUUGUGUGAGGCUACUGAAGCUUCUCUAUAGCCUUAUCCAGAUGAACACAUGUGUUCCCAAAAUUGCAAGUAUUUUCUUUGCAAAAACUCUAUUCCCUUGGACAAGAAUUGACUUCAAAUGGCUUCUAAUCUUGUAAAAUUUCAUUCUUCAUUCCAGUUCAAGCUGAACACAACAAGUUCCUUAAGUUUUUUAGGAUCAAAACAACAACUUAACAAUCUUUAUCACUCUAUUUUCUUCACAAAACCCAAGUCAGAUUUUUCACCUCUUCAAUGUUCACUAUCUUCUCCUACUCCACCUAUAACUAAAGAAGAUGCCGUUUCUCAAGCAAAAUUCUCUCUGUCAACUACUUUAGAGAAACCCCUUAACAAUCCCAAACUCAUAGGGAAAAUCAAGAAACUCAAACAACCAAGAUUUCGUGUCGAAAUUCCAGUUGUUGAUGACUCCCCAUCUGCAUUAGCCCAACUUGCUUUUGACAUUUUUGGAGAAAUGCCCAUCAAAAGAAAAGCCCCAAACAUCAAGAUUCUACUUUUAUGGCCUAACCAAACCUUAACCCAAGCUGCACAAGCAGAAUUUGAAAAGAAGAAAUCUUCAAACCCCAUCAUUGAAAAUUUAGAUAUUUCAUCAAGAAUUGAAAUUUCUGCUGAUGUGGUAGUGUUUAUGGCUCCAGAGGCUUCAAUAUUGACUGUAAUGAAGGAGAUUUCUGAUACAUUGUACCCAAUGCCUGUCGUGAUUUUUAAUCCUAAAUGGGGUUUUGAUGAAGAGAGUAGUUUUGGUGAGUUGAGUGGAUUUGUAGGUUCAUUUGAGGUUGUGUAUUCAUUUAUGGGAUUGGAAGUUAGAGGGAUAUUGAGUAAUAGAAAAGGGGUGAUGUUUAAAUGUGUUAAAGAUGGUGUUUUGAGUGGUGAGAAAUGGUAUGUGUUCGUCGAAGAAGAUGGAGAGUUGAAAGUGGUUUCAAGGUUUAAAGCAAGGCCAUCAAUUGUUGAAGUUGAGAAUGUUUUGUAUAACUUGAUGGCCGUGAAUUCGCCAAUCACGAAAUCAGCUAAGUUCUUGAAAGAUUUGGUGUCAAAUGUUAGGGGGAAAAAGUAAAGCACAAGCAAUUCAAGGUAUUACAACUCACAUCAUUUCAACUUUAGGAUAGCUAUCCUUUGCAAUGAUAUUAUUGUUUUUUCGAGAUUUUGUUCUUCCUAGAACAGUUACAGUAUGAAGUCCAUGUACUAGCUUUGCCAGGUUCAAAACUUUAACAUGGAAGAACAAAUAAUAACCUAUUGGCUGCAUGAACUAAGCAUCAACAUAUGUACUAUUAUUGCAAUGAGGUGAAUUAAUUAUUA